AUGGCGACGUUGGAGCAGCUCCUCGAAGGACCCGGCUUGGAGCCUCCUCCCGGUGUCGUGCCAAACUUCAUUGAUCCGCAGUCACGAUCGGCGGCGAACCUGGCCUGUAACAUAAUAUGCGUGAGUGUCGCGACGAUAUGUGUUGCGAUUCGCAUAUACACCAGAUUUGUCAUUACUCGAUUUCACGGGUGGGAAGAUUACACCUGCGUCAUUGCAUGGCUUGGUCUCAUCGCUUACGCUACCUUGAUGCUGGUACCCAUCUUCAAUCAUAACGCCGGCAUACACCAGUGGGAUAUACAAGUAAUUAACCUAAUACAAUGGACCAAGAUUGCGAACGGCAUCGAGAUCGCCUAUAUACCCACAAUAUUCAUCACUAAACUUUCCAUUCUCCUUCUCUUUCUACGAAUAUUCGUCCCCAGCGGCAAGACUAGAACAUACUGGAUAAUCCAAGGCGUGAUACUCUUCAACUUCCUCUUCUAUCUCGCCAACUUGCCAGUCGAGAUCUGGCCAUGCGUCCCGAGAAGCAAGCUGUGGACGCCAACAGAGCCUGGCCACUGCAUCAAGAACGAGGAGGUCUUCGUUGCAGGAGGUACUAUCAACGUGGUGUCGGACUUCACAAUACUACUCCUUCCCAUCGUCGAAGUCUGGCGCUUGCAUAUGUCGACACAAAGGAAGAUAGGCGUCUCUGCAGUUUUUGCAACUGGACUGUUCGGCUGCAUCUCAAGCAUCAUGCACCUUGUUACAAGUGUUGCCAGCGCCAGAAGUCCCGACAAGACUUAUUAUCUGUUUCCUGUGGCAUUGUGGACUAUCGCCGAGAUCGCAUCCGGCAUCGUCUGCGGCUGCCUCAUCACCAUGCCCCACUUCUUCCGCCAUUUCGCCCCGAAAAUCGCCAGCAAACUCUCCCUCAGUCGCCACAGUCGCAGCACGGGCGCCAGCAAACACGCUUGCUUCGUUCCCGUCCGUGCCAGCAAAGUGCCAGAGUGGAGCGGCGCGUACGAGUCGGCUGAUCGAGGCAAGGAUGAAUACAUGGAACUCGAGGAGAGCAAUGCCUGGCGGGGCUCGGCUACGACGAUCAUGCAUGUGGAUGAUAACGGUGCGGUGCGUGGAAGGAACGAAUGGGGUGAUCGGGGUGGAAGGGGCCCUGUUUCGAAUCUGCCGAGCAAUGUCACCUCGAUCUACUCGGACGAUGGCCCGAGGGCUGAUAGUCCUCAUCUGAUGAAUCGUCCGGUUCAUAGGUAA